UCCAAGACUUACCAAGCAUCAAAUCAGAUCCACAAAGAACCAUGAACUUCAUCCAAACCGAAAGUGCUCAACACUUAAACCAAGCCGAAGCUCAAUAUGGACCUCAAAGAUCAUUUCCAACCUUAGAUCCAACCAAUCGACCAACCAAACCAAACUCACCUAUUGAAACUUACUUUAAUCCGAAAUCAGAACAAAGACAAUUAGGUAUAAGUCAUUAUAAUUUAUCAUCUAAUCCUAUCGAACGUCAAGUUCAACAAGAUCAACUUAAAUCACGUGAAAUCGAAACUCAACAAAAACGAUCAAACCUUCAAACCGUAAAUCAAAGCCAAACUGAUUCAAUCGAAAAUCAAAUCUCUGAUAGAAAAAGAUUAAUUCAACAAAAACGUGAAGAACUUUUAUCACGUAAAAAAUCGAAACAAUAAUCCUUAAUUUCCUCCUUUUCUUUUCAAUCUUCUUUAAGUUUUGUAUUCCUGUAAAAUUCAAUAAUUUGGAUGUCUUGAUUUAAUUCUUGUAAUUCGUGGGAAGUUCAUGGAUAGUUAUUCAAUCUGAGAUUGAGUUAGUUUGUUUGUUUGUUUAACUAGUCUAGGAAUGAAAUCAAAACUCAAAGCUCAAUUUGAUUUUGAACUUC